CUGCAGAGAAUAAAAGAAAAAUGACAAUCUUUAUUACUAUUACUCAAACGCCACUGGCUUCAGAUAGUGUAUCUGUAUUUACUCUUGGGAGGGUCAUUGCAAGGUGAUUAGGUGGACCUUAUUUGAGAUUUGAUUCAGGAUGACAGGGAGACAUUAUCACCAUUAUCUGAGAGAGGAAAACAUUGGUGCCAGUCUAGUCCUGAGGUGGAUAAGGCUGGAGCUGACGCUCUGUUAAUGGUGAUGAAGAGACCGAGAUCUUGGGGGAACAGGGAGCUCCUGGGAAGCAACACAGAGGACAACACAGACAACAGUGAACAGGAUGAGCCAUCCUCUCAGAGGUCAUCUUGGUUCCUGGCGGACACCAUGAACUACGUUGGCCAGCUAGCAGGUCAGGUUCUGGUGACUGUCAAAGAACUGUAUAAGGGCAUUAACCAGGCCACAUUGUCAGGCUGCAUCGAUGUCGUGGUUGUCCGUCAGAGAGAUGGCACCUACCAGUGCUCGCCGUUCCAUGUGCGCUUUGGUAAGCUGGGUGUGCUGCGCUCCAAAGAGAAAGUGAUCGACAUCGAAGUGAAUGGAGAGCCUGUAGACCUGCAUAUGAAGCUUGGUGACAAUGGAGAGGCCUUUUUUGUGCAGGAAGCCGAGCAACAGAAUCAGAUUGUUCCUGCCCAUUUAGCCACCUCCCCAAUCCCCACCGAGAGUCACCUGUUCUGGAUCUCAGAGGUGGAGCACAGGGCACCAAAAGAUUUGGAAGAUGACCCUGCUGACCCAGAGGACCCUCCUGAACCUCCUGCUCCAAGCACCGUGGCCACAAAAAAGAAGAAAAGACGGAGAAAGAAGCACAAAGGAGACCCCCGUAGAGAGGAACUGACCCCACCGUCAGUCACUACUGGUAAUGCUGUUGCUGCUAAUGCACCUGCUGCUACCACUGCUGCUAUGUCUAGUACUGUGCAAAAUGAGGAGAUCUUUGAAAUGGAUCUCAGCUCUGACGAGGAAGCUACAGUUCAUGUAUCAAGGUCACCUUCAGUGACUACAGUGCGUGACAUUGACCCUAAAUUACCCGCAGCCAGACACAGCCUUGAUGGUUAUCCAUUGUCUGAUGGGGACUGGCCAGCUAGUGAUGGCCAUGGCUUGUCACAGGCCUUUUCCCCAAAGAGUGACUCAGAACUGGUGAUGAGGCCUUCAGAGAGUUUGCUCAGAGCUGAGUCUCACAUGCAGUGGACAUGGGGAGAAUUUCCAGAAACCACAAGGGUCACCAAGAAGGAGAAAUCAGAACCAGUGAAAACAGUGACUAUCACCCCAUCAGAGAGCACCCAUUUCCGUGUCAUCCUCAGCUCAGAGGCCAUGGAGAAUGAGACAGAGGUUGAAAAAGAAGAUGCCACCUCCUCUUCAGUGUGUAACAUUGUCAAGCCUGAGCCACGCACCCCUGUCACCACUGUAACACCUGUGAGUCCAAUAUCUUCUGUUAGCCCGGAAGCCCCUACAGAACCCCUUGAUAUCCUGCAAUCAAGCAUAGCAACCUCCACCGCUUCCAGUAACCAGCAGACAGAUUCACCAUCAAAGAAGAAAGGCGUUCCGAAGAGGAGCCAGCAUCAGGGUCCUGAGGAUAUCUACUUAGAUGAUUUGAAUGUACUUGAACCUGAUGUUGCUGCACGAUAUUUUCCUAAGAGUGAGACUGAGGCAGCUGCUAAGCACUGGAUUGACUCAGAGAUGCGCUCUGGCUCACAGUCCCCUCAGUCGGUGGGUAGUGCUGCAGCUGACAGCGGGACAGAGUGUCUCUCUGACUCAACUAGUGACCUCCCUGAUGUUACCCUUUCUCUGUGUGGAGGCCUGACAGAAAAUGCUGAAAUAUCCAAAGAAAGGUUUAUGGAGCAUAUCAUUACCUAUCAUGAAUUUGCUGAAAAUCCAGCAAUUAUAGACAACCCCAACCUGGUAGUAAGGAUAGGAAAUAGAUAUUAUAACUGGACCCUAGCUGCACCUUUGAUUCUAAGCCUUCAAGCAUUUCAGAAGAAUUUACCAAAGGCUACAGAGGAGGCCUGGGUGAAGGAGAAAAUGCCAAAGAAGUCAGGCCGCUGGUGGUUCUGGCGUAAGAGGGCGGAUAGCACAAUCAAGCAGUCGGAGACUAAGCUCGAAACUAAGGAAGAACCACAUUCGGGAGAGGAAGGACCCUCCACAUCUCAGGAGAAGCUGGCCUUAACGCCUAAAGCAAGAGACUCAUCCAGUGAUGAAGAGGCCAAGGAGGUGAGCGCAGCAUCCUGUCAAGAGAGACUGCAGCCAGUGGAUGGUCAGCACCAUCCCAGCCCACACACAUACAGAAAGUCACUACGGCUGUCCUCUGAUCAGAUUGCUAGUCUGAAACUCAAGGAGGGGCCAAAUGAUGUGACAUUUAGCAUCACCACUCAAUACCAAGGCACAUGCCGCUGCGAGGGUACAAUCUACCUGUGGAACUGGGACGACAAAGUCAUUAUCUCUGACAUUGAUGGCACCAUCACAAAGUCAGAUGUAUUUGGACAGAUACUUCCACAGUUGGGGAAGGACUGGACCCACCAGGGGAUUGCCAAGCUCUACCACUCUGUAGCCGAAAAUGGCUACAAGUUCUUGUACUGCUCAGCCCGGGCAAUCGGCAUGGCGGACAUGACAAGAGGUUACUUACAGUGGGUCAAUGAUGGAGGCACCAUCCUACCCCGAGGACCUCUCAUGCUCUCUCCCAGCAGCCUCUUCUCUGCUUUCCACAGAGAGGUCAUCGAGAAGAAACCAGAGAUCUUCAAGAUUGAAUGCCUUACAGACAUCAAGAACCUGUUCCAGCAUAACAAGCAGCCAUUUUAUGCCGCCUUUGGGAAUAGAGCUAAUGAUGUGUUUGCCUAUAAGGAAGUCGGCGUUCCAGUGUGCAGAAUUUUUACAGUUAACCCAAAGGGAGAGCUGAUCCAGGAGCAGACCAAGGGCAACAAGUCCUCUUAUGGCAGACUGAGUGAGCUGGUGGAGCACGUGUUCCCUUUGCUGAGCAAAGAGCAGAACGAGGCCUUUGUAAUGCCAGAGUACAGCUCUUUCUGUUACUGGAGACAGCCGAUACCAGAAAUCAAUCCAGAUGAACUGCUCUGAGUCGGUGUGUAUUGAUACCCAGCUAUACAGUAACAUUCAAAUGAACUGUGCACCUGAAUGCACCUCCUAAAUACAUGUGAAGUGGAACCAGAACUGUUCCUGCUAAUUAGACUGACACACACAACACACAGUAACCAUGAAGUCAAAAAAGCUGGUAAACUGUAUUUACUUGAGAGAUGAGUGGAGAUUAUCAGAACAGUAAAUCCUGAUGAGUGAUAACGUAGCGUUUAUCCCAGGGAGACACUCCACUUAUGCCUCUGUGUGAAGGCAUCCUGCCCAGUGAUAACUUUCUAGUCCAUGUCCAUGUACAGACUUGGCAGUUGAAGACCCAGCUAGUAUCUCUGUAAACUUGUAGAAAGCCAUAAACGACGCAGGCAGAAGUUCCUCACGAGGAGCUCAGAUUCUGAUCUGAGCAGAAGUAAUUUAAGAAACACCCUGAAGAAGUAAAACGUAAUGUUUUAAAUGGAAAAGGCACACAUUUAAUUAAAACAGGACAGGCAAUUAACACUGGGCAGUGGUUAUGCGCCACUCGUAUUUUACUGUAGGUGCUGUGUUUGCCCAGAAGCAAGUAACCAGCCUUUAAUUGGAGGCUUUAUUCUGUUCUAAAAAUACAGUAGUGAUAGAGGUUGGCAAAUAACAGAAUAACACAAACAGAACCGUCCACAGCCGUUAGAUUUCAGGAACUCACUGCAGUAAGUGUUCAGUUGUCCUCUCGUUCCUGACUCUUGCCUGACUGUGCAACAGAUUUCACACGGCCGCUACACAGCGAGCCGUGUUUGGUACUGUUAAUAUCCAAGGUCGUACCUCGGAUAUGCUUUCACCAAGUAUGUGAAGAUGCACAGUUUGCUGUGACUUAAAAAAAAAAAAGAAGCAGCUUCAUGGUGUAUUGUCUUGCUGUUGUUUUAAUAUGUUUGUUCUGUUAUGCAAGCUCUGGCAAAUCAAGUGUGUUUAGUUAACAAUGGAGUCAUUAUUUAUGGUGAUCAAUGUAUUUAAGUUAUUGAUUUCUAUUGUGAGGCCUUUGCUUGUCUGAAAAAAUAAUUGAUCACCAAUGCAAUAUUUCAGAUUAGUAUUUUUGUGAGGCUGAUCACACACUAACAUGCACUGCUAGGCCUUGUACAAGCUUUCUUUGGUCACGUCUCCAGCAACAAGCCUGUAUUUCUUUUAUUAACAGUGAAUUUUUCAACA